UACACCAACCCACUCGCCGCCCUCCGCCCCACCACCACCUCCGCCUCCGCCCACACCCGCCGCCCGUACAAGGCCACGUUCGCCUACCUCAUAUCCGCCUCCUCCGGCGACACGGUCCGCCUCAAGCGGCUCCUCCUGGCCCUCUACCACCCAGCGAACUACUACCUCGUCCACGUGGACGCCGCCGCGCCGGAAGCGGAGCACCGCGAGAUCUCGAAAUUCGUGUCGAACCACUCGGUGUUCGCGCGCGUGGGGAACGUGUGGGUCGUGGGGAAGCCCAGUUUGGUAACUUACCGCGGUCCCACAAUGCUGGCGGCGACGCUGCACGGGAUUGCGGCCCUCCUGAGGCUCGCCGGCGACUGGGAUUGGUUCGUGAACCUCAGCGCAGCCGAUUACCCUUUGGUCACUCAAGAUGAUCUGAUAGAUGCGUUUUCGGAAUUGCCCAAGGAUAUGAACUUUGUGCAGCACAACAGUCACCUGGGAUGGAAGCUUAACAAAAGGGCAAAGCCAAUCCUGAUCGACCCUGGCUUGUACAGAGCAAAGAAAUCUCAGAUCUUUUGGGUACUUAAACAAAGAGAACUGCCUACUGCUUUCAAGCUUUACACAGUCGGGUGGGACAAUCUCCCGCGAACCCUCCUCCUCUACUACACCAACUUCGUCUCGUCCCCCGAGUUCUAUUUCCAAACGAUCAUAUGCAACUCGGACGAGUUCAAGGGCACGACUGUCGUCAACUCGGACCUUCACUACAUAUCGUGGGACAAUCCCCCGAAACAACACCCGCGCACCCUCGGCCUCCGAGACUACAAAAGAAUGGUCUCGAGCAAUCAUCCCUUUGCCCGCAAAUUCAAGCAAAACGACUCGGUUCUUAGAAGGAUCGACCGGGAGCUACUCAAGAGGGGGCCUCGUCAGUUUGCGUUCGGAGGUUGGUGUUCGGAUGGCAAAGAUAGUUUGUCGGGAAAUAAGUGCGCGGGUUUGAAGUGGGAGAAUUUCGGCACUUUGAGGCCGGGCCCGGGUUCAAGGAGGCUGAGGAUAGUCUUGAGGAAGUUGAUUUCGAAAUCUCCUCAAAGGUUGGAAAGAAGAGUUUGUAGGUGGUGA